AUGCCUGACCUUCAUGAAUUUUAUAUGAAAAGUGAGCCCAGUAUAAAUUCAAAUCCUUGUGAUAGAAUAAUGUUUGUUUUUGGUGAACCUGUUAUAGGUUUUAGACCCCAAGAAUUUGAAAUUCUACCUAAAAUAGGGAUUUUAGAAGGAACUAUUCAAAAAUGGCUUUCACUAUUUAGUGGGAUUGGCAAAUCUGAAGUCUUCAAAAAGCUAAAUAUCAAUAAUAAUUCAGCACAAGGAAUAAUUAGUAGAAGUAUAAUUAUUUUUGAAAGGACUGUAAGGUUACCAUUGAAAUAUUCCAACAUGCCUAAUUCAAUUAUUUCAACAACUGAUCCUAAUAUCUUAUAUUGCAUAGCAAUGUGUUUUCCAUCUACUCCUCUAAGCAAGUCAUUAACAUUAAGUAAUAAUAAAAAAUUGGAAAUAUGUUUGGAUAAUAUUGAAAAAUUCAAAAGAUGUGAAGAAAUGAAAUUGUAUAAAAUCACAUCAAGUAACACGAAAAGUUCAGUAGUUAGUGAAAGAAGAAUUACAGCCUUUUCAAAAAGAGUCGGUAGAGAGUAUUCAAUAUUUCAGAAAUUUAAUGAAGGAAUUAUAUUGGAUCGAAAUGCAAUAUUUGACGCAACUCCUGAAGUUUUAGCACAGCAUAUUGCUAGACGUCUUCGUGGAUGUACCGUGUUAGACGCAUGUUGUGGAGUUGGAGGAAAUACUAUUCCAUUAUCUCAGCACUGUGAAUUAGUUGUAUCUGUGGAGUUGGUACAUGAAAGACUUGAGAUAGUCAAACAUAAUGCAACUAUAUAUGGUCUAUAUGGAAAAUCAAAGGGAAGUGUAAAGAUAGACGACUUAGACAUUGUUAGAGAAGAAGGAUCUCCUAAUUUAUCUUGCCAUACAAGAUAUAAAUUACCUGAUUCAGAUAACCUUUAUACUUUUUACGAUACACAAAGCAAUAUUGUAUUUAUUUGUGGUGAUAUUUUGGAGUUUUGUAGAUGGUAUAGGAGCAAGCAGAUGAAAAAGGCAAAUUUCGAUGAGAAAUGUGUGAUUAAUAAUGGAAAUAUUCAAUAUUGUAAAAAACGGAGGAGAUAUAUAGAAGGGGAGGAUAAAGUAAUAUAUAACAAACUAGAAAAUUGCAAUGGUUUACCACAAGUUUUCAUUGAUUUACCAGAAUUUGAUUGGUGUUUUGCAUCACCUCCUUGGGGAGGAAAGAAGUAUAGUGAACUUGAAAAAUUCAGUUUAAAUUAUGUAGAAGAGAUAAACUAUUCAGAUUUUUUUAUAUCGGUCUCUACUAUAUCUAGAAAUCUAGCUCUUUUCUUACCAAGAAAUACGGACAUAGCUGAAUUUUGUGCUUUAUUGUCGUUGUUAGACUUUGAAGCUAUGGAAAUAGAAAAUAUCAUGGACACUCGCUAUGAGUAUAUUGUAGGAAUAGUUAUAUACUGUGUACGCAGUGAUAUGAAAAGAGACUGGUAUUUUUUUGGAAUAGGUUUGGAUAAGAUAACUGAGGCUAUUAAGCAACAGGUAAAAUUUAUUUUUGAAAAAUUCUGUGAUGAUAUAGCUCUAAUUAAGACCAAUAUUGCUAUUAGCAAGUCUUUUGAAGACAUCAUCGAGGUAUUAAUAAAAAGUUAUGGAAUUAGUAUUUCCAAGUAUUUUGGGUUACUAUAUGAGAGACUAAAAUAUAGUCAUUUCGACUAUACAAAAAAAACCUUCAAAAGAUUAGCGAGAUUUACAGUUACAAAAGAUUUCAAUGGGCUUAUUGCUAUUAAUUUGAGAAAAGAUCUACCCCUAAUAAAUAAAAUUUUGGACUGUAUACAUUUUCAUUAA